AUGGCAGUCCCACCCAAAUCCCCCAAAUCACCGGCUCUCGAUGUUCCACCCGAACCUCCCUUCACACGCAUCAAGCUCUCACCCCAACCACCUGACUCGAGUGCGCGAUCCUCACCUUCAAAUGGACCAGUAGUGGCAGACUUGGCAGAGCACCUCGACCGGGAAGAGCGCAACAGUUACAUCAAAGGCAAGCUGCUUGGUUCCGGUCAAUAUGCCGACGUCUUCAGCGCCCACCGCGUGCAUGAUCCGAGCAAGCUGGUCGCCAUCAAAAAGAUCAAAAUUGGUGCAGAAGCGAAAGAGAUGGGCAUCUCCUACGACAGUCUGCGCGAGAUCAAGUUCCUGCAAGAGUUAGACCAUCCCAACAUCAUCAAGCUGUUCGCCGUCUUCAGCACGAAGAACCAGAACUUGAACUUGGUAUUGGAGCAACUACCCCAAGGCGAUCUAUUGAAAUUGAUUCAAGACUUCGGAAACAUCUCAUACACAGCCGCGGACAUCAAGAGCUGGAUGUUGAUGUUGAUGCGCGCAGUCCAUUUCUGCCACGCGAACUUCAUUCUCCACCGCGACAUCAAGCCCAACAACUUGCUGAUAGCUGCUAACGGUGAGAUCAAACUCGCCGAUUUUGGUCUGGCACGGAGUUUUGCCGACCCAUACCAACCCAUGACCUACAACACCAUCACGAUCUGGUAUCGACCUCCCGAGCUCUUCUUCCAGGCACCAUACUACGGCGGAGCGGUAGACAUCUGGUCCUGCGGCGCGGUCUUCGCAGAAUUGAUCACUCGCGAAGUUAUGUUCAAAGCGUGGCCAGAAAGCGAGAUCAACAUGGUGAAGAUGAUAUGCGAAAAGGUCGGAACGCCGACUGAGGAAAACUGGCCUGGCGUAAGCAGACUGAAAGGAUACGUCACGCCAUCUGAUAUCAUACCGCUGAAGAGUAAAGACCACUGGCUUGGGCAAUUCAGGGCUAUUGGGGAGGUCGGGGUGGAUCUUCUGAUGAAGAUGUUGACGCUGGAUCCGAGGGUGAGACUGGAUGCAGAGCAGGUCUUGAGGCAUGAGUUUUGGACUGCCGCGCCGAAGCCGAGUAAGCUGGCAGAUCUGCCGAAGAAGGGAGGUGGACUGGAGCAGAUGGGCGAGGACCUGGAGAGGAGAGGCGGAGAGCAGCCGAGUAAAGAUGAGAGCAGAGGUGACAAGGUGGCAAGAAGGAUUGACUUUGGUGCUAUGAAGUGA